AUGAGUCACCUGUGAUUGAGGGCACCUGUCAUCACUGUCCCUUCCACGAGCGUGAGUGUUGCUUGGCCUCCCUUCCCUUCCCCUGUCCAUACGUCCGUCCGUCCGUGUGUUGUGACCUGCAUUGUUUUGAAUGAGCAUAUUCUCGGUGUUUCCAAGGAGCAUCUUUUUUUGUGGCUUGUAAAUUUACACUGUCGAGUCGCCAUGGUUUUUCGCCCUUUCAUGCUGCCGUUGCUGUUCCUCCUCCUGCAGAGGAGCGACGUGUGCAUGGGCCGGUCAGCUGCUCUACCCGAGGGAUGCUCCGUGCUGCCCCACAACACCCCGGGGGCCAUGGUGUGCUGCAAGCCCCUCCACCACCAAGACACGCAGCACGCAGCCUCGCUCACACCCACCACCACUACCACCACCACCACCACCACCACCACCACCACCACCAGCAGUGAGGAGGACUGCACCCAGUACCUGCCGAAGGAGAGCUACUGGGGCCUGAAGGGGGUGUGGCCGCUGCGCCGCUACAACACAGUCCGGCACACCUUCAAUAGCAACGUAACCAGCGAGAAAAGGUCGGACGGGUGCUGCUGCGGAGAGGACGUGCGGCUGGAGCUGCCCGCCACCCUCGUCACGUCUCAAGGAGAGAGUGUGGUGGUGGCGCAGGAGACGCAGAAAGGAUACGUGCAGCCGGUCCUUGUACGCACGUGCCACUCUGCUACCUGUACGUUCACGGAGGAGCCACGGACACAAAUGGAAAGCUUCGAAUGUACACAGGAGAUGACACUGCAGGACAUGUACGUGGAGGACAAGCACCACGAGGGACACUUGAGGAUGACACGGGUGUUGGUGCCCAGUCAGUGUCGGUGCGAGACUCCCCGCCACGAUGACUUGGGAUCUGAGGCACGAAUUUCUGUAUCUGAACUGCAAACACCCCCGCCAUCGUCAAACCUUGUGCCCGAGACACUCACCCUUGAGGGCAUAAAGGAGGCAAGCAAGGUUGAGGAAUCAAUAGCAAUGGAGGCGACAGAAUCUGCUAACAGAGAAGAGAUGCAAAGAUUAGCCUUAGAGGAACGUCAGACUACUCAAAUAGACCAAAAAGAGGAUAGAAACCUGUCCCGCCAUAUACAACCACCCUCUUCUCCACAGUCUCUGACAGUCUUCCUAAGGACGAGACGCAGCACUCAGGAUUCAGACAUUCUUACUGUGCCACUCGUGAUAAACUUUUACUUGAAACAAAUUUGGCCAAACGCGUCGUGCAUGAUCUCUCCUUCGCUUUACAGUCAUAUGAGCGACAACAUGGAAAAGCUUCCUCACUCCUUCUGGCAAGCGGGAGGCACGGUGGAAGAAAUUGACUUGGCGUUGGUGGCUGGAGCUAUAUUCGUUGGUAUGUCGGAGUGUUGGACGCAGAACGUAACCGGCGCCCUGCAGACUGGCCACCUGGCCAGCCUUAUGGUGGCGAGUUGGCGCGCCGCUGCCAUCCUGAAAGACCACAUCAUGAAUGCAUCCAAGGCAUUGAUGGAUUUGAUGCGAUCACACGAGGCCACGAUGAGCAAAGAUCUUAUAAUCUGGGCCUACGGCGACAUGAACACCAACACCACAGACACUGCAACAGCUGCAACAAUAACGGACACAACCGAAACCGAGUCCGCUGGCAUCACCGACACGACCACCACCACCACUGAUAUCACAGAUAGACAGACCACCGCUGGCCUAACGGAUACCACCACCACCACCACCACCGCAACUGGUACUGCAGCAGAGACGACCACCGUCACAACUGGCACUGCAGCAGAGACGACCACCACUGCAACUGGUACUCCAGCAGAUACGACCACCACCGCAACUGCUACUGCAGCAGACACGACCACCACCGCAACUGGUACUGCAGCAGAGACGACCACCACUGCAACUGGCACUGCAGCAGACACGACUACCACCGCAACUGGCACUGCAGCAGAGACGACCACCACUACAACUGGUACUGCAGCAGAGACGACCACCACCGCAACUGGCACUGCAGCAGAGACGACCACCACCGCAACUGGCACUGCAGCAGAGACGACCACCACCGCAACUGGCACUGCAGCAGAGACGACCACCACUGCAACUGGUACUCCAGCAGAUACGACCACCACCGCAACUGCUACUGCAGCAGACACGACCACCACCGCAACUGGUACUGCAGCAGAGACGACCACCACUGCAACUGGCACUGCAGCAGACACGACUACCACCGCAACUGGCACUGCAGCAGAGACGACCACCACUACAACUGGUACUGCAGCAGAGACGACCACCACCGCAACUGGCACUGCAGCAGAGACGACCACCACCGCAACUGGCACUGCAGCAGACACGACCACCACCGCAACUGGUACUGCAGCAGAGACGACCACCACCGCAACUGGUACUGCAGCAGAGACGACCACCACCGCAACUGGUACUGCAGCAGAGACGACCACCACCACAACUGGUACUGCAGCAGACACGACCACCACCGCAACUGGUACUGCAGCAGACACGACCACCACCGCAACUGGUACUGCAGCAGACACGACCACCACCGCAACUGGUACUGCAGCAGAGACGACCACCACCGCAACUGGUACUGCAGCAGACACGACCACCACCGCAACUGGCACUGCAGCAGACACGACCACCACCGCAACUGGUACUGCAGCAGACACGACCACCACCGCAACUGGUACUGCAGCAGAGACGACCACCACCGCAACUGGCACUGCAGCAGACACGACCACCACCGCAACUGGUACCGCAGCAGAGACGACCACCACCACCGCAACUGGCACUGCAGCAGACACGACCACCACCGCAACUGGUACCGCAGCAGAGACGACCACCACCACCGCUGGUACCGCAGCAGAGACGACCACCACCACCACUGGUACCACAGUAGAGAUGACCACCACCACUGCCACCGCUGGCACUGCAGCAGAAACGACCACCACUACCACCACCACCAGCGUCGCUGACACUGCAGCAGAGACGACCACCACCACCACCACCGCCGUUGGCACUGCAGCAGAGACGACCACCACUGCCUCUGGCACUACAGCAGAGACGACCACCACUGCCUCUGGCACUGCAGCAGAGACGACCACCACUGCCUCUGGCACUGCAGCAGAGACGACCACCGCUACCUCUGACACCGCAGCAGAGACGACCACCACUGCCUCUGGCACUGCAGCAGAGACGACCACCACUGCCUAUGGCACUGCAACAGAGACGACCACCACUGCCUAUGGCACUGCAGCAGAGACGACCACCACUGCCUAUGGCACUGCAGCAGAGACGACCACCGCUACCUCUGACACCGCAGCAGAGACGACCACCACUGCCUCUGGCACUGCAGCAGAGACGACCACCACUGCCUAUGGCACUGCAACAGAGACGACCACCACUGCCUAUGGCACUGCAGCAGAGACGACCACCACUGCCUAUGGCACUGCAGCAGAGACGACCACCACUGCCUAUGGCACUGCAACAGAGACGACCACCACUGCCUAUGGCACUGCAGCAGAGACGACCACCGCUACCUCUGACACCGCAGCAGAGACGACCACCACUGCCUAUGGCACCGCAGCAGAGACGACCAUCACCGCCUCUGGCACUGCAGCAGAGACGACCACCAUUGCCUAUGGCACUGCAGCAGAGACGACCACCACUGCCUCUGGCACUGCAGCAGAGACGACCAUCACCGCCUCUGGCACUGCAGCAGAGACGACCACCAUUGCCUAUGGCACUGCAGCAGAGACGACCACCACUGCCUAUGGCACUGCAGCAGAGACGACCACCACUGCCUUUGGCACUGCAGCAGAGACGACCACCACUGCCUAUGGCACUGCAGAAGAGACGACCACCGCUACCUCUGACACCGCAGCAGAGACGACCACCACUGCCUAUGGCACCGCAGCAGAGACGACCACCACUGCCUAUGGCACCGCAGCAGAGACGACCACCACUGCCUCUGGCACUGCAGCAGAGACGACCACCACUGCCUAUGGCACCGCAGCAGAGACGACCACCACUGCCUCUGGCACUGCAACAGAGACAACUACCACUGCCUCUGGCACUGCAGCAGAGACGACCACCACUGCCUCUGGCACUGCAGCAGAGACGACCACCACUACCUCUCCUGCUGGCAUUGCAACAGAGACGACCACCACUGGCACCACCGCAACCGCCGCUGGCAUGGCAACAGAGACGACCACCAUCACCACCGCCGAUGGCACUGCAGCAGAGACGACCAUCAGCACUACCACUGGCACUGCAGCAGAGACGACCAUCAGCACUACCACUGGCACUGCAGCAGAGACGACCACCACCUUUACCCCUCCUGGCACUGCUGCAGAGACGACCACAACCACUAUCGGUGAUACCGCAGCACAGACGACCACCACUGCCGUUGGCACCACAACAGAGACGACCACCACCGCCGCUGGUACUGCAGCAGAGACGACCACCACCACCACUGCCGCUACCACUGCAGCAGAGACGACCACCACCACCGCCGCUGGCACUGCAGCAGAGACGACCACCACUACCGCCGCUGGCACUGCAGCAGAGACGACCACCACCACCGCCGCUGGCACUGCAGCACAGACGACCGCCACCAUCACCACCGCCGCUGGCACUGCAGCAGAGACGACCACCACGGCCGCUGGCACUGCAGCGGAGACGACCACCACUACCACCACUGCUGGCACUGCAGCAGAGACGACUGCUACUGCCGCUGGCACUGCGGCGGAGACGACCACCACUACCACCACCGCUGGCACUGCAGCAGAGGCGACUACCACUGCCGCUGGCACUGCAGCAGAGAUGACCAUCACCACCGCCGCUGGCACUGCAGCAGAGACGACCACCACUGCCUCUGACACCAUUACCACCACCAUCCCUGCCACAGCUGCCCCCACCAGCUCAGGAGAUACAACCGCCUCCACCACUUCCACCACCGCCGCCUCGGAGGACCAAGCAUCUCCUGACGGUACCACCACCUCGCCACCCGGCAGCGUCGUCACCUCGGGCCCGUUGCAGGGGAUGGCGCUACCGACCACCGAAUUUAUGCCUUUGGAAGUGGAUGUUUUAAAGCUCUCGCACAUAUUAUUCAGUCGCCUAAUGUGAUUGUUUAAUGGUAAAUUUGUGCAUUGUUUAAUGGUAAAUUUGUGCAUAGGUUUUUCAAAAGUUCGUUUCCUUAUAAAAGUAUCAGUAAUACAUUUUUACAUUUGUAUUGGAAUAUGAAACAUCUCAACAUACAUACAAGUUUCUUCCGCUUUAGUCAGUUCAUGGAUACCUGGUUAGGUGAUGAAGCUAAAUCCAACUCCAACCACCGAAGAUUUUUUUCCAGCUUAAUUACUGUUUUUGCUUUUAGUUAACAAUCAAUAAGCACAAAUUUUGUAACUAGUUUGACGUGUAAAUAAAGUGUUUAAGUCUAA